AUGCAGGCUUUGUGGUCGAGAGCCGGCCAGGCUCAUCGCUGUGGAUGUCGCGCCUGCGAGACGGUCGUGGGCACGAUCGGCCGGCGAGUGACGACCGCAGCUCGACCACGCAAAGUCACUUUUGCCGAUAUCUUUACAGCAUGCUACAGCUCCAUGUUCGCAACCGCCGCCAUUGUCGAUGCCGUACGAAAAGAGGACCGGAGACAGGAAUUGGACCGGCAAUUGGAGGAAACGAGACGUGACUUGGCCCAGCUGAAACUUCGAAACCUCGAAAGGAGCCAAACCAUGACUGGCAUCGAUCCCGCCCAAGAUGAAGUGUCUCUCCGCCAAAUGAAUUACGUGUGGGACUCUAUCAAAGAACUAUACGCGAACCGACCAUUUAUGAAGGAAAUCUACAAGCCUGCCACCAUCCGAGUCGACGAAUUUCUGAACCGAGUACAUGCCGAUCAAUACGAAUGCCCCGACCAGGCGACAAUGUAUGCUCUUCGGCGCACAGAUUACGAACAUCUCGAAAAAGUCAUCAUCCGCGAGGAGGCUGAUAGACGAAUCCGUCAUAGAAGGCCAUUGAAUACUCAGCAACUUCAUAAUGCCGGACGCACGCUUAGCCACCUUACCCAGCAAUUGCUCAAACGAGCCGAUGCUUGCGACAAGUCCAACACGCCAAGCCCUAGCUUUGAUGAGGCUAUGGAACUCGCCCACAGUAGCCCUUCCUACAAGUAUCUUGUAGAGUCUGAUCCUGAGCGGGUGAGAAAGAACCGGAUCGAUCUCAACCAACGCCUUCGGGAGGUGGUUAGUUCACCACUCAGCCUCAAGGAAAAGGUCGGCCGUGUAUGCUACAACCUCCUUGUAUCCGCCUACCCGGCCGACAUGCACACUUACAACACAUUAAUCGUUGCUUUCGACAAGCAAGGUUACAAGUACCUAUCCGAGCCAGUGGUCAAUUCUUAUUACUAUUACCGGCGGCUUAGACCAACGCCAUCGACUUUCGUGGCUAUCUUGAACCACUACAAGACCUCGGGCAACUACGGACGGUUCUUGCGCAGCCUUGCAUGUCUUGCUGGCAUUGAUGCUGAGACGGGGGCCAAGAUAAGACGCAGGUUAGCCGACGACGGUGACCCUUCCAGAAACGGACGUAACAAGACACACAUACAGACACGGACAUGGACACAGACCGGUGAUUAUUUCUGGGAGCAUGCACCAUUGGACAAGUCUCUCAUCGAGGCUGCUAUCCGAGGACUUCUGCAUAUGAAGCUCUUUGACCAGGCUGCCAUGUUCUUUGUGUCAUGCAUGAAGGCUAAGAUCGUCCUGAACACGCAUGUCAUUAGGCAGUUAUUUGACGAGUGCAUUGUGGCUCUUGACUGGAGAUCUGCCGUGCGCAUUAUUCAAGGUUUCACAGACUGUGCCAAAACAUGGCCUUCAAUGUUGCUCGGUAGAGAUCAGGACACAUCCUACCUUAUCGGCCGAGUGCGUGUUCUGCUCGACUUGGCUGGCUUGCAAGGCUCGAGUGGCGAGGUGUCUAAGUCUGCUCUUGACAAUCUCUCUAUAUCUAGGCAUGGAUUCAGUCGGUUCUUAAGUCACCUGGCAAUGGCUGAUUCGACCUCCCAACUCGACCUGCAAGAUUCAAGGGCAAUGGUCGAUGAUUCCACCACAGCUGAUCUUGUGAGCGCCUCGGAAAGAAGGCUGCUUCAGAUUGAGGCUCUGUGGAAGGAGCAAGACUUGGUUGGGAAGACAACGCGCUCCAUUGAGAGUAAACUGCUCUAUCCCGACUUUUCUUCUGCCUUCCGUCGGUCAAUGGCUUUGCACAUUGGGAGCACGGCAGCAAGAGAUACAGUGGGGUUGAACGAGGAGAUCAUGAACGCUUUUGCACAGCUUCCUCUUUCAACACAAGUGGGGAAAGGCAUUGCAGAGUGCAAGUCUUUUCAAAACUCCGCCAAUGCCCACUCUGUGAGCAACACAGUUGAAGAAAAGAUCAAAGCAUCAAGGCAGACUAUGUCGAAACCGCAGGCUGGUGAAGAGCUUGAGGUGUUUCUACGAGACGAGCCAGAAGUGCCCGUGACCAGAAAGGCGGCGGUUAAGCGGGUGAAUGCAGCGGAACGUAAGCCAUCGAACGCGAGGCCAACGAGGUUAAGUACAUGGCCAGUGGCAGAUCGGCAGGUGGGAUAUCUGGAGAGAGCGAGUUUGGGCUAG